AUGGCAAUGGAUAACUGCACGGAUAAUUUUUCUGACGCCGUCACUACACCUGGAGAUGUGUACACAUCUAUUGUCGAGACAGGCAUAUUAACUAUUUCAUUCGUCCUCAACGUGAUAAUCGUCGCUUGUGUUUGCUGUAGCCCGCAUCUGCACACGUUCUCUAAUGUCUUUGUGGUUUCCCUAGCUGUCAGCGAUAUAUUAUUUGCUACAGCCUAUGAAUUCACUUCUGCUGUCAAUCUGUACAUGGCCAGUACACAUCUACCAUCACCCUGCUCUCCAGUUUUACAAUGCAUGAGUUCAUAUUUAGCAUCGUGUAGCAUGAUCUGCAGCCGAAUUUGUCACUUGGUUGUUUCCGUUGAACGCUGGCUUUACAUCGCCUGGCCGUUCGUACAUCAAAGAGUGAUAACUACUAAAUCUAUCAUCAACUGUUUGAUAUGUGUUUGGAUCAUAUCAAUGUUAUCAGGUGUACACAUAAUCACAGAUUGCCGAUCUAGUUACACAGAGUUUAUGAUAGGAUAUGCUACCAUAGAUGCUUGCGUCCACUUUGUAGUAGGAAGCCUAAUGGUGGCCAUUUAUGUCCACAUCGGAUUUAUCAUUCGACAACAAAGUGUGGCUAUUCUUAAAUCUAGACCGACUGUCGGUAACAACAAUGUUGGUACAAUAAAUAGCAGAAUUGCUUGGAACAUCGUCCGUAUGCCCGUUACAAUAUUCGGAACAUUUUUUUUAUGUGUGACCCCUAUUGUCUUCUGUAAUAUUUAUUUGUUUGCAACAGAUGAAAGUCCGACAUUUUAUCAUGGUAAUACAAUGUAUGAUGUUCUCAGAAUAAUAACAAUAUUUCACACCUGGGCCAAUUUCUUGGUCUACGUGCUCCAGGAUAAAAAAUUUAGGUCAGUGAUGGCAUGUUACUUGUUAAAAAUGGGAACGGUAAUUUGGCCUAUCAGAAUUCACCCAAUAAACAAUUAA